AGGCGUUGUUGUUAUACUUUCCACGGCUGAUGUCAUAGUUUCUAAUUAUUUUAUAAUUAUUAUAAAGUUAGGUAUAAACUUUAGUUGUAUAUAUACAUUAGCCAAAUCAACCUCAACUAUGUGAUGAGUGAUUCCGAUGAUACGGAUGUUCUGCUGUUGAUUCCGCCGGAUUUCUUCAACAUUGAAACGGCUUCCGUUGGACCAGUGCCGCGUCGAUCCGGGGGAAGUGUUAGUUACAUUAGUGAAGUCCCUCGUUCUUCGGACCUAUUGAGCAGCUUUGGAUCUACAUUGGUGUCUAAUAACAACGGAUCGUAUAAAAGUUCUCUAGUGACAAUGAGUACGCAGCAAGGAGGCCUCUAUCCAGGCGUUUCCGGAACUAGUUAUGACUAUCAAUCACAAACGGACGGUACCAAUGUUUUCUAUUCAACGCCACUCAAAGGACAUUUGGGGAAUGUAUCAAAAUCUUCGGGAGGAAAUAAUCACUAUUUACUUAGUGAAAUCGAUCAGUUCUUUCAGGUUGGAAGUAAAAAGCAACCGUCAAAUCAAGUCCGAUUAGACCGGUCGGAAUCAAAUCACAGUCCAGUCAAUUCGCUUAUUGACAUUAACAAUGUUUCGCUGAGUGAGUUUCCCUCGCUCACGACUAGUGAUUUCAACACUUUAAAUCGAACAACGGUACCACAAAAGCCACCACGGAAAGACGCGCCAGCUUCAAUCGGUUCCAGAUUAUCGAUGAACACCAGAACACCGCUGCUAAGUUUGCACGAAAUUUGGAACAAUAAUGCGAUCAAUCAGGAAAGUUCAAAGGUCCAGGAAGAACGUAUGCGAAGGCAGCACCUCGAGCGGAACAUUCACAUGUUGCAGGCAAAACUGCUCGAGUACGAGCAGAAAAUUGCUGUGGCCAUCGACGUGGAUAAGGAAAAAGAAGGCAUGAUUUUGCGGCUAGAACAGGAAUCAGUGAAUUUGAAUCAGCACAUCCGUGAUCUGGAGCACAAGCACAACGAACAGCAUGAAAAACUUUUACAAGAAAAUGUUGACAUAAAAAACAAAAAUCUUCACCUAGAGAAGGAACUGGGGGAAACGAUCGUUGUCGCUCGUAAACUUCAGGAUCGCAACGAAACGCUAGAGUCUAAGGUGGAAAGUCUCACAACUGCCAAUCAAGAUGUAACUGAUGUUCACAAAAAUCAACUGAAGGAUCUAGAAAUUCGGCUAUCUAACAGUAGAGAAAGUGAACGCAACCUAAAGGAACAGUGCAGUAGGUUGAAGAAAUCCAACGAGCAGAUGAAAGAUGAGCUCGAAGUGGAACGAAAAAAGUCCGAGGAAACCAACAAGUUGAGAGCAGAUUUAGCAUCUCUCAAAGUCAAAGUUGAUAACUUGAAUCGGAAGCUAGCAGAUGCCAAUACGCAAAACGAUUCAUUUAAGGAACAAAUUAAAGACCUGAAGGCUCAAAACGAUACUCAUUUGGAAGAAAAGAAGAAUCUUUUGAAAGAAUUGGACGUUCAACGAUUGUCUUUGAAAAAAUAUUAUCAAUCGCAAUUGGAGGAUGUUGUUGCUGACAAGUUAAGAGAAUUUCAAAAACAACUCACUGCUGUCGAAGAACAACUCAGAUCGGAAGCAAAGCGAAAAGAACGUUUGCUCGCAGAGCGAGCCAUUAAACAGAUUGAACUGAUUAACCAAACCAAUGAGCAAGAAAUAAAACUUCUCAACGAGAAAUACAAUGAGCAGGAGGCGCUCUACCGUUUGCAGCUAACAAAUUCUUCUAAAACAAUUCAUGACCUAGAGGAUAAGCUAGCUUGCUAUCAGAAUCGAAGAGCGAACAUUGCAGAACAACUUCACUCAAUAAUGGAAAUCCAGUGGCAAAAGGCGCUGGAAGUACUAACAUCGCCCUCUCCAGUCGCAGUGACGGAAGCGAACUCACGAGAUGUGCAAUCUCGUUUCAGCAAACUAUGCGUUGAUCACAUCGACAAGGAUCAACUGGAUGGAGUACGAACGCUCAAGAGCGUUGCCGAGAACGAAACUUUUCAGACUCCGGUUAGUAGCCGACAGCAAAGGCUUACAGGCAAUCCCGAUGGAAGGAACACACUUCCACGAGAUUUACUACACAACUACAUCGAACUGUUGCUGGAGAAAUCACCGAACGAUUUGAAAGAUUUAGAAAAUUUACUAUCGGGCUGCAAAAAGGACGCAGCGCAGUGCGCCGAAAAGUCCUCGGUUCCACCUGGUGCUGUUAAACAUGGAGCAGAGCCAUGUUUGAAUACUAAUUUGAGCCAGCUGAGCAAAACGCUUGGAAAAACACCGAAGCCGUGGAGAUGAGAUUUUGUAUAGUUGACCAGACGUCCCGGAUUAGGCGAUAACACGUCCCACAAAAUAUAUUUCAAUCUGCUAGAGCUGGACUACAUGGCUCAGUCAGUGAAUAUAUGGAGAU